AUGUUUGAUUAUAUAAUGGGAAACAAACCUGUGCCGACUACAUCGGCAGUUACAUCACCCCCGUCGACUACCACCACCACCUCCACCACCAUAGCAAAUCAACAACAUCAGCAAUACAGACUAGGCCACGAUGCAAUCGAGUUAGACUACGAAUCCCUACCCUCGAAUUCUCCUAUACUAGCACAGCUGACAGCUGGUGCUUUUGCCGGAAUAAUGGAACACACCGUGAUGUAUCCUGUGGACGCCGUCAAGACACGGAUGCAAAUGGGAAAAUCCGCUUCACUUCCAACGGGAAUAAUAGCGGCUGUUUCCAGGAUUUCGAGCACAGAAGGCGCACGUGUAUUGUGGCGCGGGGUCUCUUCGGUGGUUGUUGGAUCCGGUCCAGCCCAUGCCCUGUACUUCCUGGUGUUCGAGUCCACCAAAACGCAUCUUUGCGAGUGGACUCUUGGUCUGAACACUAAAAAGCUGGUCACCAACGAAAACCACCCGCUGAUAGCAGCUGUUUCGGGUAUAGCAGCUACCAUUGCCUCAGAUGCGUUGAUGACCCCGUUUGACGUGAUAAAACAGAGGAUGCAGGCCUCAUCAAAAUUCCUGAGACAAUCUGCAUCUUCUACCCCAAAACCUGUUUCGCCAGCCAAUAAUGUCAUCGCUGCUGCCACAGGGCCGAAUAUCCACCUACUGGAGGUCACCAAACACAUGUACAAAAACGAGGGACUUGCCUCAUUUUACGUCUCGUAUCCUGCAACGUUGAUGAUGAAUAUUCCAUUUGCAGCUCUGAACUUUGGAAUAUACGAAUAUAUUUCCUCAGUGCUGAAUCCUAGCCAUGCAUACGACCCAAUGCUCCAUUGCAUUGCUGGUGGUGUUUCUGGUGCGUUUGCUGCUGCUGUGACAACUCCUCUGGAUUGUGUAAAGACAGCUCUGCAAACCAGAUCCUUGAGUCGCGAUCCCAACAUUGUCAACGCAAAGGGCUUCAAGGACGCAGCGACAGCGAUCUGGAAGGCCAACGGCUAUGCUGGUUUUGUACGGGGCCUAAGGCCCAGGGUCGUUUUCAAUGUACCCUCGACGGCCAUUAGUUGGACAGCCUAUGAGAUGGCCAAGGCAUAUUUGCUAUCAUGA